CUCGGCCUGCCAGCCCGAACGCAAAAAGUGCUUCAGGCCACGGUACCAGCCAUCGACGCCCACACGGCGCAAUAAACAUAACAAACAGAAUUUUAUUUGGAUUUCUAUUGUGGAUGCUAUGAAUGAAACCAUUGGCGUUCUUUGCGGCACUUUUUUAGAUGUGCUGAUGAUGGGAUUUACUACUGUUAGCCUUUAUACAAGAUCAUCCAAGAUACAAGAUCAUCCAAGAAAAAUAAAGAAAACGCGCGCCAUCACGACGACUACAAAUACGACAAGGAUGCCGAGCAGCUCGUAUCCCCUCACACCUUUGUUGCUACUGUUGCUGUUUUACAUUGUGCUUAAAAAGCAUCCUACUACAGGAUCUUCAAUAACGUUGGUGGCUCGUCAGGACAGCAUGUGGACGGACAUAGAAAGUUUCACAAGUUUGUUUAUGCAUGAAUGUCAUAUCUCUUGCACAAUAUCAUUGAUACAUGAAGCAGGCAUAUUUUCUGCACCUCGAGCCCAGUCGCGUAUGAGACGAGCAUAUAUAACUCUGUAACAGUUGAGCUG